AUGGCGCGAGACACACUUCCACCGCCCGCGAUGCCUCAUGGCAAGAAGCGCAUCGGUGUCAUGACCUCUGGUGGUGAUGCACCGGGUAUGAACGCAGCCGUGCGAGCUGUCGUCCGCUACACACUCCAUUCGGGAUGCACAGUGAGCGGCCACAAAGACUUGCCUCAGAUGUGUCAACUGCUAACAUGCCUUCUAGCCAUACUGCGUCUACGAGGGCUACCAAGGCCUAGUCGACGGCGGCGAUAUGAUCCGGGAAAUGAAAUGGUCAGACGUAAGAGGCUGGGUGUCAGAAGGCGGUACACUCAUUGGCACAGCACGUUGCAAAGCGUUCAUGGAAAGAGCCGGAAGAUUGACUGCGGCAAACAACAUGAUUGAGAGAGGAAUGGACGCUCUGAUCAUCUGUGGAGGAGACGGAUCUCUGACUGGUGCGGACAAGUUCCGAGCAGAGUGGCCGAGCCUGAUGGACGAGCUGGUCUCGACUGGAAAGCGUACUGAAGAGGCCGUGAAGCCAUACCGACACCUGAACAUUGUCGGCUUGGUUGGCUCGAUCGACAACGACCUGAGCUCUACAGAUGCGACAAUUGGUUGCUACAGCUCUCUCCAGCGGAUUUGCGAAGCGGUGGAUUACAUCGACACGACCGCCUACUCACACAAGCGAGCUUUCGUCGUGGAGGUCAUGGGCCGACACUGCGGUUGGCUCGCAUUGAUGUCGGGAGUCAGCUGUGGUGCUGACUUUGUGUUCUGUCCUGAAAACCCGCCCUCGGAGGACUGGGCGGCGGAGAUGAGCUCGAUUGUCAGCAAGCACAGAGAGAUGGGCAAGCGGAAGACCAUCGUAAUUGUCGCCGAAGGAGCGCACGACCGACAGCUCAACCAGAUUACACCAGCCAUGGUCAAGGAUGUUCUGACCAACCAAAAUGGCCUGGAUACUCGAGUCACCACUCUUGGUCACGUUCAGCGUGGAGGUGCGCCGGUGGCCUACGACCGCUAUCUCGCGACACGUCAAGGAGUGCAGGCAGUCAAGGCUGUUCUCAAGGCGAAUCCAGAGACUCCCUCCCCAGUCAUUUGCAUCGUCGAGAACAAGAUCGUCGAGAAGGAUCUCAUGGAGGCUAUCAAGCUGACAAAACAAGUCGCUGCAGAUAUUGAGAAGAAGGAUUUUGCUGCAGCCAUGAGGGGGAGAGACGCCGAGUUCGAGGAGUUUUACCAGGCUUUCAACAUCACAACCUCCACGGACAAGACUAGCAUGCUUCUCCCGAAGGAGAAGCGCAUGCGCGUCGGCAUCAUCCACGUGGGCGCUCCGGCGGGUGGAAUGAACGCGGCGACACGUGCUGCCGUUGCCUACUGCCUUACAAAGGGCCACACGCCUGUCGCACUUCAUAACGGAUUCCCUGGACUGUGCCGACACCAUGACGACAAACCACUAGGCUCCGUCCGCGACAUCAGCUGGCUUGACGCUGAGGCAUGGGCUUCUCGAGGAGGUUCGGAGAUUGGUACCAACCGCGCCCUCCCCUCCGAGGACUUCCCAACCACGGCGUACUGUUUUGAGAAAUACAACAUCGACGCACUCUUCUGCAUUGGGGGCUUUGAAGCUUUCACUGCCGUCUCAGAGCUCCGUAAGGCCCGCAAAGAUUACGACGCCUUCAAGAUUCCCAUGGUCAUUCUCCCUGCUACUGUGUCCAACAACGUUCCGGGUACAGAGUACUCUAUUGGUUCCGAUACCUGCUUGAACUCCCUGAUAGAAUACUGUGAUCGAUGCAAGCAGUCCGCGUCUGCUUCUCGUCGCAGAGUAUUCGUGGUCGAAACCCAAGGAGGAGCUUCGGGUUACAUCGCCACACUUGCUGGACUUGCUGUCGGAGCCGUGGCAGUCUACACCCCUGAGGAGGGUAUUCACCUUAACAUGCUGGCCGAAGACAUCAAGUUCCUCCAGGAACAGUUCGCCGAGGACAAGGGACAUGCCCGAUCGGGAAAGAUCAUCCUCCGAAACGAAAAGGCCAGCAAAGUCUACACGACCGAAUUCAUCGCUGAGGCUAUCAAGGAAGAGAGUGGAGGCAAGUUCGACACUCGAUUUGGUGUUCCAGGUCAUUACCAGCAGGGUGGCACUCCUAGCCCGAUGGACCGGACUCGUGCAGUGCGAUUUGGUGUCAAGUCUCUGCAGUACCUGGAGGCUUUUGCAGGCAAGAGCAAGCAGGAAAUCGCGGACGAUCCCAUGUCCGCGGCCGUUAUUGGCAUUCGUGGAUCGAGAGUGAAGUUCAGUCCGAUGGAAGUGAUUGAGGAGAAAGAAACGGACUGGAAGGACCGGAGACCCAAGGACGAAUACUGGAUGGAAUUGAUUGAAGUUGUGGACACUCUGAGUGGAAGAAGAAAGGUCACGGAGUCUCUUAUCCCCGGUAGUCCGGCUGCUCAGCCGCAGGCGCAGACGAAUGGGAGGAAGUAG